AUGUUACUAUUACAGUUUGAAGAUCUGCCAAUACUUUGUGAACGGCAUACCACAUCAAAACUAUCGGCUUAUGAAGAUCUCCAAAGUAUAAAAUCUAUGGGUUUCAAAGGAGAGGCAUUGGCCAGCAUGACCUUUGUUGGCCAUGUUACUGUAACCACAAUUACUGAAGGCCAUAUGCAUGGGUACAGGGUCUCAUAUCGAGAUGGAGUGAUGGAAUAUGAACCUCGGCCAUGUGCAACAGUGAAAGGAACACAGAUAAUGGUUGAAAACUUAUUCUAUAAUAUGACUGCUCGAAGGAAAACUCUGCAGAGUUCUAAUGAUGAUUAUACAAAGAUAGUAGAUUUGAUUAGUCGUUUUGCAAUUCAUAAUGUGGAUGUGAGCUUCUCUUGCAGAAAGCAUGGUAUGAACAGAGCAGAUGUUCAUCCUUCAGGCUCAUGUUCAAGGCUAGAAGCCAUCAGAUCAGUCUGUGGACUUACAGUUGCUUGUGAUCUAAUGGAAAUCACUGCUUCUGACGAUGAUCCUUCUAGGUAUAUAUUUAAGAUGAAUGGCUUUAUCUCCAAUGCCAACUACAUUGCAAAGAAGACAACCAUGGUUCUAUACAUAAAUGGUAUAUUAGUUGAAUGCACAGCUUUAAAGCGAGCUAUCGACAUCAUCUAUGCUGCAACCUUGCCCAAAGCAUCAAAAUCGUUCAUCUAUAUGUCAAUCAUAUUGCCAUUUGAGCACGUAGAUGUGAAUGUACAUUCUCCCAAACAGGAGCUACGAUGCCUUUUGAAUCACGAAAAGAUCGUUGAAAACAUACAAGGGGCAAUCAAAUCAAAGCUGAUGAGCUCUAACACAACAAGGAUGUUUCAAACACAGGUAUGUUUUAUAGAAAGUAGAAAGUUGUUCUUUGGAGGGCUUCUGAAUUGUCGUAACAUGGAAAUGAGGCAUCUCUCUGAGCAUUAUGAAGUUGUCAAUGUCAUUGCAAUUCCUUAA